AUGGAUUUACCUAGGUCCAGCAAAAUAAAUAUCAAACAAGAAAAUGUUGAAUCGACAGAAGAAGCACUUGAUUUACAAACAGAUGAGGCUAUAUUAAGGGAAAUUGAGGACCGGAAUCAACAAUCCCAGAACGAGAGUCGACAAGCAAAACGCCGACGAGAAUUUGCCACCUACUUCAAUGGUGGAGCGAAACGACGAAAACGGGACGAACAGGAAUCGCACCCUGAGACGCCUUCCUCUUCGUCUCAAACAACGCAUGUUAUAACUCAUGAUCCUCAUUACAAUGAGGAUGUUAUAAUUAAAGAGGAAUCUACAGAGGAGGAAAACAUAGCUGCCAAUCUCUCAAAUAGCGAUGACAAUGACGAUUAUGUAAAACCAGAAAUGGGGACAACCGAUUUAGAAAUGGGUCCACAUGGCACAUGUGUUUCCAUAAAGAAUUUAGAGUCCAUAAAUUGGAUGGAACCAUCAAGUGUCACAAGUAAGCUUUUGGCGAUCAUAUUUGAUUACCAAACUCUGGCGACACACACACUUAGUGGCAAACCCUCGCCCGCUUUUCCUGAACAUCAAUUGAAAGCGCAACUGAAUCCACUGAAAGUGGCGGAUGGUGACUAUUAA